CUUUUUAUUCUUGAAAAAUAAGAAAAAAAAAAAGAUAGUUUUUUUUUUGUAUUAUUUUUAAAAAAAAAAAAGAAAAAAAGAAAAAAAAAACUCUAUAUAAACAACGCAAACUCUCUCUUUCAUCGACAUACAAACAACGAAAAAGAAACUGUUUAAAGCUUAAAUACACACAAAGUAUAUUAUGUCUAUUUGGUUUUUUACAGAUUUUUCAUUAUUAUUCCCAGUAAAAAAAAAAAGAAGCAGAAAAAAUUAAUUAUUAUAUGACCAACAGCAUCCUAUCGUUCUUGUUUUCCCUCAUCGGCUUUAAACCCAUUGAAGAAGAACAAGCACCCAAAGAAGAAGAAGAAGAAGCGUGUGAAUACCUAGCCAGUUCUACCUUUGUGGUGGAAGAACAACAUUUUAAUGAAAAGACCAACAUCAGAAACAAUGAUUGGUUGUGCAAUCUAUCUAAAAUGGAUCUCUGUAAAAUACUGUCCUCUACUAUUGCUGAUUACCCUCAAGUAGCAGACGGUAUCUACACCAGACAUUACAAGAAGAAUAAGGAUGAUCUGGAAGACCUGAAAUCAUUGAGAAACCAAGCAAAAUUAGUCUGCCAUUCACUGGAUAACCUCAGACCAAGUGAACAGUUUGGAAGAGCCUCUGAAAUAUCAAAUGCACUCCAAUUACUACUUUAUUCUGCCAUCGAGAAUCAUCAUUCCUUUGUCUCUCUCUUUGGUCUCAUCAUCCUGGCCCAAGAAAGCCUCAACUGUCCCUCUGAAGUGAGACAGCACAUCUUUUCAGACGUAAAGUUUGGAAGAGCAAUCAUCCUAGAGAUAUCAAAAGUCUUGAAGAACUUUAAUCUCUACAACUGUGGUGACUUUAACUACAAGUGGUCCUUACUAUCAGACAACCAUGACUCUUGGUUUGAUUCUUUACAACAUAUAUGUACAAGGUUGUCUAGAUACGAUAUCACUUGGGAAUACCGCAAAGAAUAUGGUGAAGUCAUUCUUAUCUCACAGCGAUAUUAUAAGCACCAAUAAAAAUAUACCUUUUUUUUUAUAUAUUAUUAUAUGUAUAUAUUUAUUUAUAACUAUUUAUAUAUAUAACUUAUUUGAUACGACUACCAUAUGAGGUUGUAUUCUUGCUACGAUGCGAUCUAGCAAACUUGAGUAGCAGAUGCUCUUGUUCCUUCUUGGUAG